AUGAAGGAAGCUCGGGAGAAGUUUAACAUAUCAGCUUCAACCUGCACAAGGUAUUGGAGAGAAGCUAAAAAACAGGCAGCUGAAGGAAAAACAAUGCAGGUAAUUAAUCGUAGGAAGGAUAGACCAUGUAGCAAACGUGUUCAUCUUGAUCUUACUUUACUUAAAAGUUUGCACUACACUAAAAGAGGAAGUAUCAGAACAUUGGCUGUUGGAUUAAGCUGCACUAAGAGCACAGUAGGAAGAUGGGUGAAAUCAGGCCUUAUUAGAUCUCAUACAUCAGCUAUUAGGCCUGAUUUAACAGGCCCCAACAAAUUGUUGAGGAUGAGAUUCACAUUAGAGGCCUUAGAAUUAGAUAGGAUUUUGAAGACAAUCAAGUUCAAAGAUAUGCACAACACAAUCCACAUAGAUGAAAAGUGGUUCUACAUCACGAAAGGUAUGCACAGGUUCUAUUUAGCACCGGGAGAGGAUGAGCCACAUAGAUCAUGCCAAAAUAAGAAGUUUAUAUCGAAAAUCAUGUUUAUGUGCGCUGUUACAAGACCAUUAUUUGGAAGAAAUGGGGAGGUUUUGUUUGAUGGUAAGAUAGGUAUAUUUCCUUUCAUAGAGAGGGUUCCAGCAAAGAGGAGUAGCAAAAACAGGAGGGCUGGAACAAUAGAAACUAAACCAAUCGAAAGCAUCGCAAAGGAGGUGACAAAGGACUGUAUAAUAAACAAGAUUAUUCCAGCCAUCAUGUCAAAAUGGCCGGAGGGAGCAAGUAAGCAAAUCUUCAUACAACAAGAUAAUGCAAAGCCACACAUUAAGGGUGAUUAUUUGGAUUUUAUUGCUGCUGCAAAUCAGAAUGGAUUCAAUAUAAAGCUAGUGCAACAACCCCCUAACUCACCCGAUACUAAUGUGAAUGACUUAGGGUGGUUUCGAGCAAUACAAUCACUUCAAGUGCAAACUGCAUGCAAUACAUUGGAUGAUCUAUUGAAUGCCGUGGACAAAUCAUUUCAUGACCUAUGUCCUAUAACCUUGGACAAUGUUUUUAUGUCUCUACAGGGAUGCAUGAUUGAGAUCAUGAAGUUCAAUGGGCACAACAAGUACAAGAUUCCCCGUAUGGGAAAAGGUGCUCUUAGAAGGUUGGACCAACUACCUCAAAACUUAGAAGUUCCAAUGGAGCUAGUUGUUGCUUGCAUUGCUUAUUUGGAAGCACAAGGGUAUAAUGAAGGAAUUGAAAGGAUUGUGCAAGAUUUGGGAUUGGAACCUAAUGUGCAAGGAGCAACAUCAGUGCAUCUUUUGGGAAUAUGA